AUGUCGAUCUACACAUACAAUGGCGCCGCCAUCAUCGCGAUGGCCGGCAAGGACUGCGUCGCGAUCGGCUCGGACCUCCGCUUUGGCGUGCAGCUGCAGACCAUGACGACGGAUUACAAGAAGGUCUUCCAGAUCCACGACCGCCUGUUCGUCGGCCUCGGGGGCCUCGCCACUGACGCGCAGACGCUGUUCGAGCGCCUCGUCUUCCGCCACAACAUGUACAAACUCAGGGAGGAGCGGGACAUGAAGGCGUCGACGUUCGGCAACCUGCUCUCCUCAAUGCUGUAUGAGAAGCGCUUCGGCCCCUACUUCGCCAGCCCAGUGGUCGCCGGGCUAGAGCCCGACGGGAAGCCGUUCCUGUGCGGCAUGGACUCCAUCGGGGCGCUCGAGACCGCGGCCGACUUUAUCGUGACAGGCACCAACAGCGAGAGCCUGUUCGGCAUGUGCGAGAGCAUGUGGCGGCCGGACUUGGAGGCUGACGAGCUCUUUGAGACGCUCGCGCAGUGCCUGCUCAGCGGCAUCGACAGGGACGCGCUGGCGGGCUGGGGCGCCGUGGUGUACGUAAUCGACAAGAACAAGGGCGUCAUCGCCCGCACAUUGAAAGGGCGCAUGGACUAG